UAGGUAGAUGAUCUGUCAUCUUCCGUUUGGAAUUUUAGAACCCAACAAGACUUGAAUGAAAACAAAUUAUAAUAUUAUAACAAUUAUUCUUCAAUUCUUUAAAUUAAUCAUCGAAACUGUGAAAUACGAGAAACACUUGCAGUCAUUUGGAGUUACAUUUGUUAAAAGUGACAAAUUUUGGGCAAUUUAAAGAAGUUAUCAACAAUAAUUUAACCAAAAGUCUUUUUCUAAGAUACAAAAUAUGUUCAGGUUUGCCAUCAAAGCAGGAUUAGCUGCAAGUGCAGUUUAUUAUUUAAACAACGAAGGCAUAUGGAAAGAGAGUAACGAGUCAUUGAAAGCAUAUGAUAAAUUAAACACCACACUUAAGCCCUAUGUGCAAGAAGUACGAAAACAGGUUCCAUUUGAGUUGCCUGAGAUUCCUAGUGGUGGAAGCAAGGUUUAUAAUAUUCAAACCUGUUGGAAUACAGGAGUAACAUCAACUUUUCAAUUUUUGAGUGAAUUGCCUAAUAAAAUGAAUAAAUGGGCUGAAGAAGGAGUCUCCGCCAUUUUGCAAAAUCCUGAUAUGAAAAAAAUACUUGAUAUCUCUGACAAUGCGGCCACUGUGAAGAAAUAAAUGUGAUAUUAAUAAUUGUUAGAAUGUAUGUACACUCACAGUUUGUGACACAGUGUCAUUAAAAAUAAAUUAUUAAAUAUU